AUGUCUUCAGCACGCGGUCGCGGUGGCAAGUUUAACAAGAUCAAGCGCGGAGGUGGCAAGAAGUUCUCGAGAGAUCUGCAGCCUCUCAACGCUGAUGGCGAGGUCGUAGGCAUGUGGGGCGAGCAGCCCGAGAAGGUCGACGAGGAGUCGAGUGAGGAUGGCUCUUCCUCUGAGGAGUCCGGCGAAGACGAAGAUGGCAAGCCGAACCAGGAGGAGAUGACCCGUGAGCAGCGUCGCGACGCCGCCAAAGCUCGCAAGCAAGCAGCGAUAGCUAGGAAAUCGAAGAAGGCUCCCGAGGCCGGUGACCUGCCCACCUCCGACGAAGAGAGCGAAGACGACGACAUGCCCGCGAACCCCAACCACACUGCCAAAGCGCGCACCCAGGCCACAAAAGCCCCUGUCGACCCCGACGCAGCUCCAGAACCCGCCGCCAAGGGCAAGGGCAAGCAGGACGUCUCUCAACUGUCCCGUCGUGAGCGCGAGGCUCUCCAGGCACAGCAGGCAAAGGAGCGUUACGAGAAGCUACAUGCCGAGGGCAAGACCGACCAGGCGCGUGCCGACCUUGAGCGUCUCAAGCUCGUCAAGGAGCGCCGUGAGGCCGAGGCUGCGCGCAAGAAGGCUGAGGCUGAGGAGCGUGCGGAGCUGGACAAAGAGAAGGCUGAGCUCAUGGCGCGUGAAGCCCGGAGGAGGGAGCAGGCUAUGGGCAAGGCCAACCGCUUGGCCAAGGGUGGAAAGAAGAAGUAA